AUGAACGAUAUGGGCACCAUCAGAAUGAGGAAGUUCAUGACAAACCAGCUGCUUCAGCUUAAGCAAAUGGUAAUUGAUAGCCUUCAUCCUGGAAAAGCCACUGUCCCCAAAACAGAAAUUCGUGAGAAGUUGGCAAAAAUGUAUUAGACAACACCAGAUGUCAUUUUUGUCUUCGGCUUCAGAACCCAUUUUGGUGGUGAGAAAACCACCGGCUUUGGCAUGAUCUAUGAUUCUGUAGUCUACGCAAAGAAAAAUGAACCAAAGCAUAGACUUGCCAGCCAUGGCUUGUAUGAAAAGAAAAAGAUGUCCAGGAAGCAGUGGAAAGAGCAUAAAAAUAGGAUGGAGAAGGUCAGAGGAACAGGGAAAGCCAGUUCAGUUCUAUGA